AUGCCCCUCAUCCGCAAACGCCGUGCCGACCCCCCACCCGCAAAUUCCUCCGAGCCAGACUCAUCAUCAGACUCAGACCAAGAACAAGACCCAGAACCAACCCCCCAACGCCGCCGCACCUUGAACCAUACCCAAGCGUCACCCUCCGACAGCGACGACGAUGCAACGCACCACCCAAGCAGCGCAGACGUGAUGGUGAAGAAGAUGGUGCGCCUGGCCCUGGCCAGCGAGUAUGCGCGGCAGCCGAUCCGCCGGACGGAGAUUAGCGCGAAGGUGCUGGGCGAGCAGGGGGCGAGACAAUUUAAGGUAGUGUUUGAAGCGGCGCAGAAGGUUUUGCGGGAGAAGUUUGGGAUGCAGAUGGUUGAGUUGCCGGUGCGGGAGAGGGUCACUAUUCAUGAUCGGCGGGCGGCCCAGAAAGUCGAACGACCCUCCUCAACGAACAAAUCCUGGAUCGUGGGUAGUACAUUACCGGCCGCGUACCGACGCCCUGAGAUUCUGCCGCCGACCAAAGCCCCGUGGGAGAGUACCUAUACUGGAUUAUAUUCGUUUAUUAUCGCCGUGAUCAUGCUCAAUGGGGGCUCAUUACCGGAGCAGAAGCUGGAUCGGUAUUUGGCGCGGACGAAUGCCGAUACGUAUACGCCGAUUGAUCGCACGGAUCGGUUACUGGCGCGGAUGUGUAGAGAUGGGUAUCUGGUUCGGAUGCGGGAGAUGGAUGGCGGCGAGGAAGUAAUUGAGUAUAUGGUGGGACCGAGGGGGAAGAUGGAGGUUGGGGCUGCAGGCGUGGCGGGGUUGGUGAGGGAGGUUUAUGGGGGUGGCAACGGUACGGCGGAGCAGAGGGAGGAUUUCGAGGGGAGGUUGGCGAGGAGUUUGGGGAUGAAGCUGCCUGAACCGCGCGAGGAGGAGGAGGAGCAGCAGGAUGGGGAUGCGGAGGAAGAAGGGCCACGGGAGAGACAGACACGGAGUCGGAGGAGAGCGGAGGACGAAGAAGAUGAGGAUGAGGACGAGGACGAGGAUAGUGAUUGA